AUGCGCUUCCUCAGGUCCCUCAAGCCCGCACUUGCGACCACGGCCGCUAUUGCGGCCAUCGCUCCCAAGGAUCUAGAUAUCAACGACCCAUCCUCGAUCAAGGGCGUGGCAAAAACCAUCGCCUCCGGCGCCAUGUCCUACUACUCUGGCACCGCCGAGAAGUUUGUCGACCUCCCUGAGCCGUAUUACUGGUGGCAGGCCGGUGCGCUCAUGGGGAGCAUGCUGGACUACUCGCACUAUACGGGCGACAAGAGCUACGACCGCAUCAUUGCGACGGCUCUCCUGGGCCAGGUCGGUCCGAACUUCGACUUCAUGCUUCCGUCACAUUUUGGCCAGGAAGGGAACGACGACCAGGCCUUCUGGGGAUUUGCCGUCAUGGCGGCGGCCGAGAGGAACUUCCCGCAGCCGGACGAGAAUGUCCCCUCGUGGCUGCAGCUGGGCGCGAACCUCUGGAACUCGCUCGCCUCGAGGUGGAACACGACGGCGUGCAACGGCGGCCUCCUGUGGCAGAUCUUCGCCUCGAACCCGAACGGCCUCGACUACAAGAACAGCGUCAGCAACGGCGGCCUGUUCCAGAUCUCGGCCCGCCUCGCACGGGCGACGGGCAACAACACCUACCUGGAAUGGGCCGAGAAGGUCUGGGACUGGACCGAGGGCGUCGGCAUGAUCGACAAAGACUUCAACGUGCACGACGGCGCGAGCGCCAGCCACAACUGCACCGACAUCAACCCAGUCACCUUCUCGUACACGGCCGCCAUCUACAUGUACGGCGCGGCCGUCAUGGCCGAUGUCACGGGCGACAAGAAGUGGGUGCAGCGUACCGAGCGCAUCUUGGACGCCGCCCGUUCCUUCUUCAGCCCGUUCCCCAACGCCACCAACAUCAUGUACGAGCACGCCUGCGAGCAGGUCGGCACGUGCAACGCCGACAUGCGCAGCUUCAAGGGCUACCUGUCGCGCUUCGCGUACGCGGCGAGCGUGUUCGUGCCCUCGAUCAAGCCGGUCAUCGAGGAGCUCUGGCAUCCCACCGCGAAGGCGGCCGCCAAGUCCUGCUCGGGCGGCCCGGACGGCACCCAGUGCGGGCAGAGGUGGUACUACGGCGGCUUCGACGGCACCACGGGCCUGGGAGAGGAGAUGUGCGCGCUCGAGACGAUCCAGGGACUGCUCGUCGGCGAGGCGGAGCCGCCGCUCAAGGGCGACCAGAUCAAGACGGUCCGCACUUUUGAAGGCUCGUCGAACACCAAGCGGGGGGGGAGGUACGAUGCUCGUCUUGCGUAG